CACGUAUUUGCAAGGUGUAACUGCCAGCCAUUCCGCAUGACAAGGCGAGAUCGGCGGCAUCCUUGCUGGCGUUGCCACAGCGACCUCAAUGCGGCGCUGCUAGUCCGAUGUGUCAACAAGGACAGCUGCGAGUCCCGUCUCCAUACAUACUGCUUUGAUCCGCCACGCAUCGCUACAGAUGAUGCCGAGCCGUGGUGGUGUGCCAGUUGCACACCCGUGCAAGCUCUGCCGUCCAUGACAACCUCCUUGCCGUCGUCCCCGCUAAAUCAAGCAUCGCCCUCCAUCUCCCCCAUUCGAAAGCAAGACGACACGCUCUUGUAUGCCAAGAAGCGAGCGCUGCCCAUGCCUCGACCUCCCCGCAAGGUACUUUCCGCCUAGAGGAAAGGGGUCAACACACUCUUCCAACACGACUUGUGCAGGUGCCAUCACUGGUGCCAGCAGUACACCCCCUGCAACAAAUCAUCUCACCGGCAUUUUGGACUUCUCACCAUCCAACAACGACCUCUCAACACAUUGCCACGAACCCAUUCCAUAACGAAAGCGACGCCGAGACGGGGUCUCCGAGGGAAACAACCCCUCUUCAUCCACACAACGCCGCCGAUCCGCUGGACUGGCGGGCGUUCUGUUCCGACAAAGCCACGGGCAUGCUGCUUCAUCCCCCCACCACCACGCCCCCCCGUCAGUUCAAGCUCCAGCGCAUCGUGUUGGCUUGGGUACAUUGGCGGCGCAACCAUCACAAUGAUAGGCGACGCUGUCGCAUACAAGUGCAUGCCCCAGACUACGCCACAAAAGCAUCUGUCGCAUCCACCAUCAUGUGUGCGGGAAAUGCGGGGGAAGAUCGCAAACACGCAGACAUAGCUACGAAGGAACGAAUAUGGCGAGAAAAGUACAUCGACGACGACUUGACGCUGCUGGAUGCAAACAACGACACCCACUACAGUAGAAAUCAGCUCAAGCCCCAACCAACCAAACCGCGCUAUGUUAUCCCCCCUCCCAAAGUCAAUGGCACCUCGCUAACGAACAAACCACCGGGGCUACGACCACCACCACCAAAAGCCCCCAAGUUCUCACCCCCAGAGCUCAUUCAAGUCGACAACUACACCAUCGACCUCGGCGAUACCCCGCCGUCCGUGGCCUCGCACGCUAGCGACGCUGCAAAAGCCUUGCAAGGGCAAGUAAAACAGUCCCAAGCAGACCAAGUCGCCGUGUCUCGUCGAAAACGCAACCUACACAAGCACCUGAUACUCCAAGACAAUUCAACCUCGACUGACAUUGGCACGGCAAGUGCAGCUAAGAUCCAGCGAUGGUACCGGCGGUUGCGGCGGGAUCGCCGCCUCCACAUGGAGCGUGACGCGGCGGCGACGUUGAUCAACCUGUGCAUUCGUCGGUACUUAUCUAGAAAGCAGCACGUACACGAUCUAGGUCGUGGUCGGGCAACUCAUGCAGCGGCCACCUUGUUGCAGUCGCAGCGCGCCACCGAUGCCAAGUUGGCUUUGCAAAUGGAACGGCGUCGCAAAAAAGCCAGGCGUCGCAUCGACGAGUUUUUGUCCAAAAAUGUGGUCCCCCACUUGAACCGCCGGUUUCAUGCGAUACUGCGCGUCCAAGCGUUUUGGCGGCGAUGUCUGUGCCAAAAGGCAUACCACCGCACCAGGCGCUCUCGGGCGCUCCUGACCAUCCAAUGCGCCUGGCGCCAAGCACUGGCACGACGAGCGGUGACCAUGAAGCGAGAACUCAAGGCGGUGGCGGUGCUGCAACGGCAUAUUCGCGGCCGGUACAUUCGCCGCGUAGUGCUCGUGGAGCGAAAACGGGUGGCUAUGAUGGAAACAGUUCUAGCGUUGCAUGUGAUUGCGAUAGACGACCCGGCGACGGCGUCGACAGGCCACGUGUUGAGCUCGUUGGGUCUGUAUUACUAUGGCAUCGGGCAGUGGUGGGCCGCCGCGGCCUCUCUCGAACGGGCAUGUCGCAAUGGACUGGUGCGAGACGUACCCACGACAGCGGCGCUCGCGUACUGCCACCACCAGACAUGGCACGCCUCGUACGAUAGGUUCAACUUGACGCGCGCGCACGAUUUAUACGCGACGAUCGUCCCAGCGACCCCCCACGACCCGUACGUCCUGCAUGACUACGCGAUCGUACUGUUGGAGCGCGCCGAGUACAAGGCUGGCCUGGACGUCCUCGCCCACGUCCUGGCCGUGUUUCCGCAGUUCCAACUGGCGUCUACCGCCAUGCUGUGGGUGGCGGUGGUGCUGCUGCACUUGGGUCGGGGGGACGAGAGCAUCGCGUACUUUGGCUGCCUGUUGGACACCCCCCCGUCGCCCUUCACAGCGACUGACAUGACUGUCUUGUGUGCGGUGGGGUAUGGUCGCAGUCACAACGUGGAAGCGUCGAAACAAGGAAUGCAGACCGCGCUGGCGGCGUGCCAAGGCGCGAGUCGCACCAAGCUCACGAAAGCCGACAUGCUGGCGGACUUGGCCAAGCGAGCCACAUCGUUGGGCCACUACUUGAUGGCGUACGUCGUCUACUUCUACGCCCUCCACCGGUUCAAAACCUCCAAGGCAGACACGUGGUUCUGCUUUGCCGACACGCUGCGGCACUUGGGGCGCGCGGACGAAGCGCUCCAGGCGCUAGCGGUGGCCGCGCAGCUAGAUCCGGCGCAUUCGCUCGUGCAAACUACCUUGGGCAGCUGGCCCCACCUCCCCCGCGAUGCGUUUUUGCACGAACUCCACCACACAAUCGACCUCGAGUUCGUUCGACACUUGAAGCACAGUAACCUGUAGUAGCUGGCUGGUGGGGAAGUGUGUGCAUGGGCAAAGCCGUCAUGACGGCCAUUACAAGGACAUGUCGUCUGACCACUCGUAUAAAGGCCUUUCAAUUUACUUGGUUCGUGG